UUCAAAGGGCUAGUACGCACGUGAAAGUUUAGUGAAUCACUAAGUUCUUGAAGUUACGACUUCGGUUUCUUGUUGGUUAGGAGUUAAGUUGUUCCAAUAUUGGUUGAAAUUCGGUAUGAAAUAGAUGUGUUUGGAAAGUUUAUUCCAUAUUAGUGCCAUUUCGUUAAAAAAAUUACUGUGUAUGGGAUUUUUGAAAAUUUGUAUAUUGUGAGAUGUGCUUACUAGGCCUAACACCAAGUAGUUACAUGUGUGCUAAUUUUGUUAGAAAUACCCAAAAAAUAAAUGUGUAGUUAAUCAGUGGUAAAUAUUCGUGGAAUUUGUUGUCUGGAAGAAAAUUGAUUAAUUUUCAACAAAGUGUUAACUUGUAAAAUACUUAAAUUGUGGUGGACCAAUUUGAAAUAAUAUUGCAAAUCGAAGUGUGCUAAAAGUGUGGAUUAUUUUUCGUAUUACAUUCCUCACAUUCUUCGUAAAAUAUUGAAGAAAGUACAGUAUAUAAAAUUAUUAAAUGGAAUAUCUAAAAAUUUACUUAUCAAGGGACCCAUCAUUGUGUGACUGACUAAUCUUUAAAAUACAAUCCAGAAUUCAAUAUUUGUGAAACAUUUACAAAUGUACCAUCUUGUGACUAAUUUACAUGAUUUAAACCAACAUCUUGUGGUUACCCAAUUUUGUGACAUAUUCCCGAUUUUAUGACCUAUCUUGUGGCAAAAUACAGACCAAGUCUUCGUGACCCUAUCUUGUGACACAUCUUCAAUUUGUGAAUACUCUUCAACAUGCAACCUAUAUUUUCGUGACAUAGAUCCAUCGUCUGUGACACAAUUCCUUCACUAUUGUGACCCAAAUUUGUGACACAUCUUCAACUUGUGACUAAUCUAUAGAAUGGAACCCACAAUCUCGUGAUAUACAUCGUUUGUGACACAAUUCCUUCACUAUUGUGACCCAAAUUUGUGACACAUCUUCAACUUGUGACAUAUCUACAACAUGCAGCCCACAAUCUCGUGACAUACAUCGUCUGUGACACAAUUUUCCCCACAAUGGUCACACAGUGUCUGACGGACUCCUGCACCAUGACACCCUGUGGGUCAACGUUGGGUCACGGUGUGACCCCCAGUUCGCCGCAAGGUCACCAUUUGACGGCUUCCUCACCACAGCCCACGCAGAUAGAUAGUGUCACAUCCAAUACAGGGUGCUCCACUACUGUCACAUCGUCACAGUCGCAGAAUGUGACGUCACCAGCGUCACAGCAGGGGUGCAAAAAGAGCGCGGAUCGAAGGACCAACAAACCGAUCAUGGAGAAGAAAAGAAGAGCGAGGAUCAACAACUGUUUGAACGAGCUGAAAGCGCUGAUUCUGGACGCCAUGCAGAAAGACCCAGCCCGCCAUUCCAAACUGGAGAAAGCGGACAUCCUUGAGAUGACUGUAAAACACCUGGAAACCAUCCAACGCCAGCAGUCAACCAUGACCACCAUCACAGAUCCCCACGUCCUCAACAAAUUCCGGGCUGGAUUCAGCGAAUGUGCCGGAGAAGUGGGGAGGUUCCCAGGUUUGGAGCCUCCAGUGCGUCGACGACUCCUUCAACAUCUCACCAACGUGCUCAACACAUCCACAGGAAACGAGGGAACAUCUGCUAUUCAGGGAAAUCCUGUGAAUCCUACAGGAAAUUCAUCGAAUCCUGCAACAGUUGCCAGUCAGGGAAAUCCUGCAGGAGCCACAUCUGCUGCAACCAUACCCGGUCUUCAGGUACAUAUCCUUCCAGCAGUGACCAAUGAAGGUGCCACAACACCCUUGGUCACCCAGCAGAGCAUACUUUUCAGCACCACAGGGAAUGGUGCAAGUCUACAGCUAGUCCCCACAAGACUACCCAAUGGGGACAUUGCUCUUGUGCUACCUUCAAACCAACCCAACCAUCAGAGCCAGUUGAAUAUCAAUGUGAGUACUGGUAACACAGUAAGUUCUGCAAAGGUUGUUACUGGGAGCUCUAGGACAACUGUGGGAGCGGUUACUGUCCCUUGUACUGUUGUCCCUGGUGCCUUGUCACCGUUACCAAUGUUGAUACCAAUCACAAGAAACAGUUCUCAACCGAAUGGAACAGGUUCUCCAACUGUUCCAUCAAGUACUGUUUCAACAUCUUCAGUUCCAUCUUCUACACCAUCAGUAUCUCAAGAUUCUCCCAUCACCAUUCCUUCAAUACCAUCUUAUGUUCCCUCUUCAAGCUCAGCUCCUGAAACCAACACCUCAAAAGCGGCAAUAGUUGUGUCAUCAGAUGAUGAGAAUAUCUCUGUAACAUCAACAGUGUCAUCACCUCCAAACAAUGAAUCAUCAAGUUCCUCACCUGGAAGCAGCCUAAUUACUUCUCCCAGAUACUCCACAGCUGUUUCAAUGAAUACCCCAAAUGUGAAACGACUUGAUGGGGAGAGCAUGGUGUCAAAUGAUUGUGCACCAAAAAAUCAAGUAAUUGAUAGAAAGUUUCUUGGAGAAACUGCUAAUUCCACAACUUUUUCUACAAGAGGUUGUCAGAAUAUAGGGUUCAAUGGAGGGAACAUGGUGGGUUCUUCAGUUCCACCAAGAACCUUGCAAAGUGGGGGAACUUUUAUGCAAGAGGAUGCAAGUCAUGGUAAUAUUUCACCAAGUAAUUCAGAGAAUUUUUCUGGAGAAAACACAAAUGCUAGUGGCUCUACGCAGAGAAAACCUGCAGUGAAUUUCACUGGGGAGAACACAACUUCUAGAAACAGUACAUCAGGAGUAACACCAAGUUUCUCUGUGGAAAACAGGAUCACUAGUAACAGUACACCAGGAACUACGGAAAAUUGUGUCAAUUUUGCUGCAGAUACAGCAAUCCUAACCAACUUCACACCAAGUAAUCCUUUCUCAAUCAAUAACAGACUGCAUAAAGAGGAACAAGAGACCAUUUGUAGGAAUCCCACUUUACAAAACCAUCCUCCAAGCCUUAAAUUAGCUGGGGAAAGACUGAUUCAUCUCCCAAAUACAUCAUCUCUUCCAUCCCUUGUUUCUCCAGUAUCUUCCUUUGCAGGCUCUGUGAGUCCAGUGUUGAGGCAUUAUCCCCAAAACCACAGAUUGCCAAUUGCGGAUGUAUCAAGUUCCAUUGGUCCAGGAUUUAGGCAAUCCCAUAGAAUAUCAAAUACAGAUAUAGCUCCUCCAGUGAGUCCAGAACUGAGGCAACCUCACAGAGUAUCAAAUACGGGUUUAGUUCCUCUGGUGAGUCCAGAAUUGAGGCAACCUCACAGAGUAUCAAAAAUGGAUUUAGUUUCUGUAGAAAGUCCAGAACUGAGGCAACCUUACAAAGUACCAAAUAUGGAUGAAGUUUCCCCAAUGAGUUCAGAAUUGAGGCACUCCCAUAGUGUACCAAACACAGAUGUAAUAUCUCUAGUGAGCCCAGGAUUGAGGCAACCCCAUAGAGUAUCAAAUGACGAUGAAGUUUCCUUAGUGAGUACAGAAUUGAGGUACCCUCAACAAACUCAUAGAUUACCAAGUAGGGAUAUGUUCUAUCAUGAACAACAUGACCAAGCUAUGAACAUUGAUAUGGGGGAACAGCAACUGAGGAACAAUAAUUCUUUGUUACAAAUUGCUCCAGCACAUGUAUUCCAAAGUAGGUUUAAUGGAACACAAGGUACUGGUCUGGGAGUUGAUCAGAAUAGAGGUUAUGUGAGUCCACCUAUGACGAGGCCUCUGUGUCUGGUGAAGAAGACAGAUGAUGAAGAGAUGGAGGAUGAUAUGCCUUGGAGACCUUGGUAGUUUUCAAGAUUACUUUCCAAAACAUGUCACUAAAAGUAAUUCCAACUAUAGCAGGCUGAUCUUAAGGCUGAUAUCCAACUUAGAUGUGUUUAUCCAAGAAAUGUGUUGGACUUUAAUCAUAGGUUGCCUAUAUAGUGAGAAAUCAUUUUCUAAAUUGGAGGGAGCUUGAUGCAACCUCAUUCAAUAAUUCAAUUUGGGUGAUAUCUGAGAUAAUAUGUGAAUCAAUAUACCAUGUAUUCAACAAUAAUUCUGUAAGUUUAUGCCUAGAUGGUACUAUAGAUAAAAGAAAGCACCAGUAGAUAUCCCAUGGUAUAGAGGGCAUUUAUGUUCCAGUUUUUAAUGUUAACUGAAACCGAUAGUCCUAGUGGUUGUUUUUGGUAGAGCUAUGUGACGCUGGUAGUCUCUCAAACUGUACCGUUCAUACACUGUCACCCCAACAAAACAGUUAAUAAUGGACAGUAGUCGACAGUAGUCAGCUUGAAAUUUGGAACAUAAUCGACCUAAUCCAUGAGAUAUCUUCUUAUCCUAUCUUUUCUUCAUGAUGUUACUGAUUUCAUUACACUAAUUUUUUUGAUGAAUUUAUUGUAAACUGAAAUUUCAAAAACAUUCCCUGAUGAAUAUAUUCAUACCUCUGUAAAUAACUAUAUCUUGCUGUUAAUAACCAACUGUUAUACUUAGCUGUAAAUAACCAACUGUCUUUCAUAGAAUAAUUUCAAGAUCUAGAAUAACAAAUCCUCUUAUUAUGUUAAGUUAUGGUCAAGUGUGACUACAUAAUAUAUUUUCUAGAUAUUUCUGAAAGAAGCCUUCAUUGAGAGUUGCUCUACUAAAAUUUGACAUUUAUUCAAAUGCUCUGGAGGUACUCAGAGUGUAUGUGAUACCUUAUCAAUUACGUUGAAAAAUUUCAUAAUAUUUUUUUUCAAUUCAAAAAAUAGUUUAUCUAUCUGGUUAUUUUUAUAUAUUUUUAUGUGGUUAUUUCUGUGGCUUGGUGCAAGAACCAUUUUGAUGUCAAAAUAUCAACUUUCUCACAAAUCAGCUUUAAAGUUCACCUUGUAUUUUCGAACUACGGCAUUUCGAUACGGAAAUUCGAGUGCUAGGAGUGCAGAAGUCGACAUUGGUAGUUCUGGCACGGAGUAUGAAUGACAAUCUAAAAACAUAUUUCCUCAUUGGUAGUUUUUGCACUCUGAGAGUGGAACUAAAUCAUGACAUUGGUAGAAUAAAUUUUAUACCUUUCUAUUGCUUUGAGAUAGGACAUUGGCACUUCUGGAUCUGAAAAUAAUCGAUAUUAGUGUAUUGAACUCAUUUUUGAAAAAAAUUGACAUGUGUAGUUUUCGCACCAAGCCACAGAUUUAUGUCCAACGGAUCUCGAAAACAGCUCUAAAGACUUUUACGAAAUUUGGAACAUAGUAGGUUUAUGGAAGGAAAAUUCGAUUGCACUAGGUCUCAUCCCUGGGAAACUCGCUGGAGGACAUUAAAAGGAUAAUUCAUCCUUGGAAAAAACAGCUGAGACUCUCGUCGUCUGUGGAUAAUAAAAGUGGGUGAUCGAGUGCAUCUGUGGGAAAUCAAAUUAUCUCAUCCCCGAAAUCCAUAAACUGACGUAUAGCCAGCUGUAAAAUAGAAACGUCAUGACCUUCCUAUAAUAAAAAAUAUUAGUCCUUCUCCAAUCAUUUUGAAGAAUUGUGUUUUGUUUGUCAAUAAAUAAAUAACGAGCGAAGCUGGGUGCCUCGAUAUUUUUAGAUUAAACAGAUGAUGAUGUUUGCCAAGCUCCGUUCAAUCUGAUGGAAUUCAUGAGGAUGGCAAAAAUCUAACCACCAAGAAUCGAUGUGUGUAUAACUGGCUUUUCCCUGUUAUUAUCGAUUUAAUAAACUCUGGGCCAGUUGCACGUACGUCUGUAAAAUACGGACAUUAAUGCUGAUUAACAAAUCAGCGUUAGUUUUACGGAUGUAUUUUUGUUCCACAAAGAUCGGUUAGUUUUUUAUCCUGAUCAAGUUUCCCGGUUAACUAACUAAGAUUUUAAAAGUUUCACAAUCUGACAACACUGUAAUUUAACCGACAGAUGUUAUUAUUCUGAAGAAAUGCCACAUAAUUGAGGUUAUGUUAUUGAAGCGGUGUCAUUCAAUAGGCAUGCGUCAUAAAAAUGUUCUGUCUGUCGCUAGUGUCCAGUGCUAUUUGCAGAGGAACCAGAUCGAAAACUAACCUCAAAAAUCAGAAUAUAAUUUUAAAUGCUAAUAUCCAAAGACCUUGAGGAUGCAUAUAUCUCUAUACAUCUAUAUAUCUAUAUAUCUCAUAUCUCUAUGCAGAUAUCUCUUUAAGGUCUUUGCUAAUAUCAGCUAAAUUCACUUCUCUAUUUUAUUAACGGAUGAAAUUCAUGCAUACAUUUCGCUCAUACUUUGAAUUUUAUUAUUUUUUUUACCAACAAGUAAUUGUAAGACAUCUAUCAGUUGGUACCUAAUCGGAGUUAGUUGGAUUUAAUUUCCCGUGAAUGGCUUGUUAAAAAUCUUUUACGUCGAUUUGUUUAACCGGCGUAAUUUUUCGAUUUUUACCUUUGUGCAACCAAAUCUCUGUUUCAACUAAUCGCGGUUAAAAUGGUGCCAACUAGUCAGAAUUAAAAAUUGUUUACGCCGGUUAGUUUAAUCGGCGUUAUCGUUUGAAAUUUCUGUUUUUGUGCAACCAAAAUCGGUUAGCACUAAUCUCGAUUAAAGUAUAGCAUUUAAUCGUGAUUGAACGUUUACCGACGUACGAAAAACUUGGGGUCUAUGUGGCUCAUUCAGAAGAAUUAUUUAUUAAAAAAAUGUAUUCAAAUUUCCUCUUUUAAUCAAUAUCAAAUGACUUGGAGAAAUUAUUUAUUUAUUUAUUGCUGUGUUGCUAUCCUGUUAUUAUUAAAAUCAAAUUUAUGCGAUAAAAAAUUGCAUUUCCAAUCCAUGAAAGUUUACAAAAAUUGUGUAGCCUACUCCCAGACCUCAUACCAGUGAGUUUCUAAAAAAAUGUAUUCAAAAUUUCCUCUUUUAAUGAAUAUCAAAUAAGUUCAAACGAUGAAUUAUCUCUUCUUAUCUUCAACUUCUGCAUUCUAUCCCUUCCCUCCGUCCUCCUCUACCUCCUACUUCUACUCUUCUUCCUUCUCAUCUACUCCCCAUCCUACUCCUCCUCCUCCUUCUCUGCCUCCUACUCUUC